GUUUGUAAUCCUACCUGAGGAGGCGAAGACGGCGGAGGACACGACAAUAAAGUGGCAGUCAUUCAAAAAAAGGAAAAAACAAUCGUUGUCGUAUACUUGCAGUGAAAGAUCUCCCAGCACGAUGAAUGUGAGGAGAGUGGAGAGGACGGUACUGAGCGUGGAGCAGACGGAGGGAGUCGGUGCUCGUGUCCGCAGGAGCAUCGGUAGAAAGGAGCUGAGAAACUUGGAUCCUUUCUUGAUGUUGGAUGAGUUCCGAGUGAGCAAGCCGGCAGGUUUCCCAGACCAUCCUCACAGAGGGUUUGAGACAGUAACAUAUGUGUUGGAAGGGGUCACGGCCCAUGAAGACUUCUGUGGUCAUUCAGGACGACUGAAACCUGGAGAUCUGCAAUGGAUGACUGCAGGAAAGGGGGUGGUCCAUGCUGAGAUGCCCGUGUCGGAGGAGCCGGUGGUGGGCUUACAGCUGUGGGUCAACCUGCCCAGACGGGACAAGAUGGUGGAACCAGCGUACCAGGAACUCAAAGGCUCAGAGAUCCCCAAACCCAGCAAGGGAGGAGUCACCGUGUCUGUGAUAUCUGGAGAGGCUUUAGGAGUAAAGUCUAAGGUCUUUACGAGGACACCGACCUUGUACCUUGACUUCACACUGCAGGCAGGAGCUCUUCAUGUGCAGCCUGUGCCGUCAGGAUGGACUGCCUUCAUCUACACACUAUCAGGAUCCAUUCAUGUUGGUCCAGAUCAGGAGCAGCAGAGGGUAGAGCCCCAUCACACUGUGGUGUUUGGAGAUGGAGACUGUGUCAAAGUUCAGAACAAGGGCUCUGAAGCUUCCCAUUUUGUGCUCAUCGCUGGAGAACCUAUCAAAGAACCUGUUGUACAACACGGUCCAUUUGUAAUGACCACAGAGGAGGAGAUCAGACAGACUAUCAGUGACUACCAGACAUGCAGAAAUGGCUUUGAAAGAGCUGGUAACUGGAGGUCCAAGAUCAGAGACUCCUUCUGAACACCACACUCUUUUCCCUGUUGACAAUGUGUGCUUUACUUACCGCUAUAGAAUGUUGUAACACAUCCAAGUGCUACGUAUGGGAGUGGAUGUCCCGCUCCAGUGUUUGCAGAAUUGUAGUUUACCCCUUCUUCCAUGUAAAAUAUAGAUUUGUGUGGUUAAAAUGUUCUUACGGCUCCAGACACUUGAAUUUAAGCCUUAAUUCUUUUUUACUUUUGCUGUUGGGAAAAAUACCGUUGUUGGAACUACCGUGACAUUUUGAAACCAGGUUGUUUUUACAAUUUCAAAUACAUCAGAUAUCUGAAAGUACAAACAGUGGAGAUAAACUAAAAAAGUCUUUCUCUCAGGCUUCAUGGCCAGACGUGAGUUUAGUCUCGCAACACAGGGUCGUUUGAGGGAGAGAGGGGCAGUCGUCACAGGUUUGUCUGCUUGGGAGCAGGGCGGGCGCACUUUGGUCGUACUCCGGAGAAGGCCAGUCCCAGGCGCAGCUUGGCUCAGCUCGCUGCAGUAAAACUAGUAAUGGAAAUGCAAAUUAAUGCAGCUAAAUUGGCCCAUUAAAGCAACAUCAUGUAACUUUUUUUACCUUAAAAUAACAGCUUCAAAAUCAUGAUGACGGUGGAGUGUCUAAGUGUAAUAGACUGAAUGUUGUCUCUGUCACAGCUAGACACAGUUUGUGCACUAUAUAACUUGAAUGUAGAGAGUGCAGGAUCACAGACAUAACAUUGUGAACACGUAAUGAGAACGAAAUUCUUACAGAGCUGGGUUUCGUAUUUACAACAGUGGUGUUGCACCAAAUCAUGCAAAAAUGACCGGAUAAAAAAUGUUUCUACGUAAUGUUGCAUGAGGGGCUUGAUAUUUUGCCUCAGAAUUGUUAAUGAAACCUAAUUUUACCUAAUUUAUCCAGCUGCUGUAAAACAAAAAAGGUUUUCCAGCUGCUAUAGCACAUGACCUGUACAACCAAGGACCUGCACAGACCACAUUAAAAUAUUGUGAAACAUU